UUUCUAAAUAUGGAUAUUUACACCCAUCCUCUAAAGUACAGCCCAGCCGCUGGAUGGAAAAAUUGUCUGUCGAGAAGACAAGUAAAGUUAAGAAACUGCAGCACAUCAAGCAGAAAUUGAAGAAAAGCUCCACAGAGACAUUUUCUGCUUCUGAAAAUAGAAGUGGCAUGAAACCAUCAGAUGAAAUUCGUGCUACAGUUUCUUCACCAACCACGGUAUCUGCUGUCACUGCAGAAAAAUCAGCAACAUCAAGUAAAGUAUUGAAAAAGAAAAGGAAAAUCUUGAAAAAGAGUGUUGAAAAAGAUGGAAAGGAUAUUGAGGCCAAGAAUGAAGAGCUCUCUGAGACUGAAGAGCUUAACAAAAGACUUAAUCAGAAAAAACAUCACUGGGCACAUUUAGGUACUCCAGAGACCACGGAAAACGUUAAAGUAAGUCCAUGUGGAGAUGUCUAUCUCAACAACCUCUCUUACCUGGAAGCGUGUGUGUUUAUUGGGGACAUUGAGCGGUCACAGACUUUCCUCCUCAAUCAGCACAGAACCAUGGGUCGGCGUAAACAUCUCAAUACGGACAUUUACAACAUCAUGAUGAAAGUGUGGGCCAAGAAAGGCAAAUUAAAUCAGGUCGGCCGCAUCUUCAUUCUAUUAAAAGAAGCUGGUCUGAAGCCAAAUCUUGGAUCAUACUCUGCUGCGCUCGAGUGUAUGGGUCGCAAUCCAUAUUGCUCCCCUAAUGUCAUAUCAAGGUGUUUGAAUCAAAUGAAGGAGGAUGGCUUGUCUGUAGAUGAUCUGUUCAGCCAGUGUGUGUUCCAACAAGAUGAGAGAGACUUGCUGCUUAAAGCCAUUCGCAAUGUAAUGCCUGACUACCAACCCAGUCUCAACCUGCAGACAACCCAGUGUCAUUCACCUCUGGUUCAGGACUUCUAUACACAGAGGGAAAACCACUCCUACCCCAAACUUGACUUCACCCAGGAGGACCUCCAGGGGCGUUUUAAACGUCAGCUCAGUGUGGAGGAGGCCUGCACCAUCACCAUCGAUUCUGUUGAGGCUGUCAAGCCCAUCACCAACACCAUGGCAAAAAUGAGGGUCCUGCUGGCAGAGCAGCAGGCACAGUGGCGCAAGGUCCUCCUGCAGGCCCUUGUGGAGAGCAAGAUGACAUUGGCAAAAACCAGCGGCAGCAAGCUUAACCUUUAUCCAUAUCUCUGUCUGCUGGAGGACAUGGAGUACAUUGACAUUAUGAUACAGAGUGUUUCCAACCUGCCUCCUUGUGGACAAUCUCUGAGGGUUGUAGCCAAAGAUAUCGGUAACAGGGUUUACACCAAGUACUGCAUACAUCAAAAGCACCAGAAUCAGACAGUGGAGAAGCUGGAGAGUAUUUAUUAUGCUUACACAGAUCUACUGGCCAAAGAUACAAAGGUGUGUAAAGUCCUUCCCAGGGAGCAGUGGUGUCAACUGGAGGUGGAGCAAGGUAUCGGACCCUUGCUGCAGGGGGGCAAGUCGAGCUGGCCAUUUUCCAUCACCCUGGAACUGGGCACGCAUCUGCUGGAUCUGAUGGUGAAGAGCCUCAAAAUCAACAGCGACAUCUUGAAACCAUCGCCCAGUCAGAAGCUCAUUCCCAUCCUCUACCACAUGUAUACCUUCCGCAGCAAUUUACAGAUUGGCUUCAUCAAACCCCACCCCAUCCUGAGUCAGAUGCAGCAGGGAGCCAUGGAGACCAAGCUGACCUUUGACUCCUACGUGAUGCCGAUGCUGUGCCCCCCGGUGCCCUGGACCACAAUCAAGUUUGGAGCCUACCUUCUCACACCGACCAAACUGAUGCGCACAAUUGAUGGAGCCACCCAUCACAAGCUGCUGCUGGAGAAAUGUCAGAAUCUUCAGGCUGUCUUUGAUUCACUUAAUCAGCUAGGGAACUGCGCCUGGAAGAUUAAUAAACCAAUUUUAGACAUCAUUAUUUCAAUCUUUAAUGACCGGGGUUCCGAUAAGCUGGAUAUCCCUCCACCUUUGUCUGAAGCCCCCAAAGUACCCUAUAUCAACUUUCAUGACUCCACUUUGUCGUCCAGCGACAAGGCCAACAUGAAGAGGCAGGCGAUUCAGGCCAAAAAGAAAAUCAAUGAGAUGCACAGCUUGCGUAUGGAUGCUCUUUACAAACUCUCCAUUGCCCAACACAUGCGUGAUGAGAUCUUCUGGUUUCCUCACAACAUGGACUUCAGGGGACGCACCUAUCCAUGCCCUCCGUAUUUUAAUCACCUGGGAAGUGACGUCACACGAGCGAUGCUUCUGUUUGCAGAGGGAAAGCCCCUCGGUCCCAAGGGUCUGGACUGGCUAAAAAUCCACUUAGUCAACCUGACGGGGUUAAAGAAGAAGAGCUCACUGCAGGGACGUCUAGAUUACGCCAACGAGAUUAUGGAAGACAUCCUUGAUUCUGCAGACAACCCUCUAAAUGGUAAAAAAUGGUGGAUGGAUGCAGACGAGCCAUGGCAAGCUCUGGCCUGCUGUAUGGAAAUAGCCCAUGCAGUAAGAUCACCUGACCCAGUGCAGUUCAUCUCUCAUUACCCAAUUCACCAGGAUGGCUCCUGUAAUGGUCUUCAGCACUAUGCUGCUCUGGGCAGGGAUGUUAUUGGUGCCAUGUCAGUCAACCUGGUGCCCUGUAAUGUGCCUCAGGACGUAUACAGUGGAGUAGCACAGCAGGUGGAGGAGUUUCGAGCGCGGGAUGCAGAGAAGGACAUAAAGAUUGCCCAGGUGCUGAAUGGCUUUAUCAACAGGAAGGUGGUGAAGCAGACGGUGAUGACUGUGGUAUACGGAGUCACUCGCUAUGGGGGACGCCUGCAGAUUGAGAAACGGCUAAAGGAGAUGGAUGAGUUUCCCAAGGAUCAUGUAUGGGAAGCAUCUCAUUAUCUGGUGCGUCUGGUGUUUAAUGGCCUAAAGGAGAUGUUUACAGGAACUAGAGAAAUUCAGGUGAAGAGCAAAAUGCAACAUAUAAUCCUCAAAAUCAACCAUGACAGCAAAGAGAGACCUGACACAGUUAAACAGAAGAAUGCAUUCCCACCAAACUUUAUCCACUCUUUGGACUCCACACACAUGAUGCUGACUUCUCUCCACUGCCACAGCACUGGCCUGACAUUCGUCUCAGUUCACGACUGUUUCUGGACUCACGCCCUCACUGUGGACACCAUGAACAAGGCUGCAGGUAGCAGACAGAGCCUGUUUGGCUGA